AUGGGCAAAGGGUGGGGUGGGGAGAUGAGGGAUGGGGAGAAUGGGGACGGGGAGAUGAGGGAUGGGGAGGAGAGGGUUGGGAGGGAUGGGGAGAUGAGGGAUGGGGAGAUAAGGCAUGGGGAGAGGAGGGAUGGGGAGAUGAGGGAUGGGAAGAUGAGGGAUGGGGCGAUGAGGGAUGAGGGGACGAGGCAUGGGGAGAUGAGGGAUGGGGAGGUGAGGGAUGGGGAGAUGAGGGAUGCAGAGGAGGGAUGGGGAGGAGAGGGAUUGGGAGGUGAGCAUGGGGAAAUGAGGGAUGGGGAGAAGAGGGAUGGGGAGAUGAGGGAUGGGGAGAUAAGGCAUGGGGAGAGGAGGGAUGGGGAGAUGAGGGAUGGGGAGAAGAGGGAUGGGAAGAUGAGGGAUGGGGCGAUGAGGGAUGAGGGGACGAGGCAUGGGGAGAUGAGGGAUGGGGAGGUGAGGGAUGGGGAGAUGAGGGAUGGUAAGAUGAGGGAUGGGGACAUGAGGGACGGGGAGAAGAGGGAUGGGGAGAUGUGGGAUGGGGAGAUGAGGGAUGGGGGGAUGAGGGAUGGGGAGAUGAGGGAUGGGGGGACGAGGCAUGGGGAGAUGAGGGAUGGUAAGAUGAGGGAUGGGGACAUGAGGGACGGGGAGAAGAGGGAUGGGGAGAUGUGGGAUGGGGAGAUGAGGGAUGGGGGGAUGAGGGAUGGGGAGAUGAGGGAUGGGGGGACGAGGCAUGGGGAGAUGAGGGAUGGUAAGAUGAGGGAUGGGGACAUGAGGGACGGGGAGAAGAGGGAUGGGGAGAUGUGGGAUGGGGAGAUGAGGGAUGGGGGGAUGAGGGAUGGGGAGAUGAGGGAUGGGGGGACGAGGCAUGGGGAGAUGAGGGAUGGUAAGAUGAGGGAUGGGGACAUGAGGGACGGGGAGAAGAGGGAUGGGGAGAUGUGGGAUGGGGAGAUGAGGGAUGGGGGGAUGAGGGAUGGGGAGAUGAGGGAUGGGGGGACGAGGCAUGGGGAGAUGAGGGAUGGUAAGAUGAGGGAUGGGGACAUGAGGGACGGGGAGAAGAGGGAUGGGGAGAUGUGGGAUGGGGAGAUGAGGGAUGGGGGGAUGAGGGAUGGGGAGAUGAGGGAUGGGGGGACGAGGCAUGGGGAGAUGAGGGAUGGUAAGAUGAGGGAUGGGGACAUGAGGGACGGGGAGAAGAGGGAUGGGGAGAUGUGGGAUGGGGAGAUGAGGGAUGGGGGGAUGAGGGAUGGGGAGAUGAGGGAUGGGGGGACGAGGCAUGGGGAGAUGAGGGAUGGUAAGAUGAGGGAUGGGGACAUGAGGGACGGGGAGAAGAGGGAUGGGGAGAUGUGGGAUGGGGAGAUGAGGGAUGGGGGGAUGAGGGAUGGGGAGAUGAGGGAUGGGGGGACGAGGCAUGGGGAGAUGAGGGAUGGUAAGAUGAGGGAUGGGGACAUGAGGGACGGGGAGAAGAGGGAUGGGGAGAUGUGGGAUGGGGAGAUGAGGGAUGGGGGGAUGAGGGAUGGGGAGAUGAGGGAUGGGGGGACGAGGCAUGGGGAGAUGAGGGAUGGGGAGAUGAGGGAUGGGGACAUGAGGGACGGGGAGAAGAGGGAUGGGGAGAUGUGGGAUGGGGAGAUGAGGGAUGGGGGGAUGAGGGAUGGGGAGAUGAGGGAUGGGGGGACGAGGCAUGGGGAGAUGAGGGAUGGUAAGAUGAGGGAUGGGGACAUGAGGGACGGGGAGAAGAGGGAUGGGGAGAUGUGGGAUGGGGAGAUGAGGGAUGGGGGGAUGAGGGAUGGGGAGAUGAGGGAUGGGGGGACGAGGCAUGGGGAGAUGAGGGAUGGGGAGAUGAGGGAUGGGGACAUGAGGGACGGGGAGAAGAGGGAUGGGGAGAUGUGGGAUGGGGAGAUGAGGGAUGGGGGGAUGAGGGAUGGGGAGAUGAGGGAUGGGGGGACGAGGCAUGGGGAGAUGAGGGAUGGGGAGAUGAGGGAUGGGGACAUGAGGGACGGGGAGAAGAAGGAUGGGAAGAUGAGGGAUGGGGCGAUGAGGGAUGGGGAGAUGAGGGAUGGGGAGAUGAGGAAUGGGGGGACGAGGCAUGGGGAGGUGAGGGAUGGGGAGAUGAGGGAUGGGGAGAUGAGGGAUGGGGAGAUGAGGAAUGGGGGGACGAGGCAUGGGGAGGUGAGGGAUGGGGAGAUGAGGGAUGGGGAGAAGAGGGAUGGGGAGAUGAGGGAUGGGGAGAAGAGGGAUGGGAAGAUGAGGGAUGGGGCGAUGAGGGAUGGGGAGAUGAGGGAUGGGGAGAUGAGGGAUGGGGAGAUGAGGGAUGGGGAGAUGAGGAAUGGGGGGACGAGGCAUGGGGAGGUGAGGGAUGGGGAGAUGAGGGAUGGGGAGAAGAGGGAUGGGGAGAUGAGGGAUGGGGAGAAGAGGGAUGGGAAGAUGAGGGAUGGGGCGAUGAGGGAUGGGGAGAUGAGGGAUGGGGAGAUGAGGGAUGGGGAGAUGAGGGAUGGGGAGAUGAGGAAUGGGGGGACGAGGCAUGGGGAGGUGAGGGAUGGGGAGAUGAGGGAUGGGGAGAAGAGGGAUGGGGAGAUGAGGGAUGGGGAGAAGAGGGAUGGGAAGAUGAGGGAUGGGGCGAUGAGGGAUGGGGAGAUGAGGGAUGGGGAGAUGAGGGAUGGGGAGAUGAGGGAUGGGGAGAUGAGGAAUGGGGGGACGAGGCAUGGGGAGGUGAGGGAUGGGGAGAUGAGGGAUGGGGAGAAGAGGGAUGGGGAGAUGAGGGGUGGGGAGAAGAGGGAUGGGAAGAUGAGGGAUGGGGCGAUGAGGGAUGGGGAGAUGAGGGAUGGGGAGAUGAGGGAUGGGGAGAUGAGGGAUGGGGAGAUGAGGAAUGGGGGGACGAGGCAUGGGGAGGUGAGGGAUGGGGAGAUGAGGGAUGGGGAGAAGAGGGAUGGGGAGGUGAAGGAUGGGGAUAAGAGGGAUGAGGAGGAGAGGGAUGGGUGUACACGACGGAAGGGUCUUUAG